AUGGCACCCUCCUCCCCGGUAUUGUCAUUGGGUACCACACAGGCCACCACUCUCAGCAGAGAAUCUGGGAUAGAACUGAAUCGCCAUGACAAUCAAGGUAAUAAAUCAUUCAGUUCACAAGUACUUGAAGAUGUGCAGCAAGAGGAAGGAGUACUUCAUCCUUCACAGAUACCGAAUGUAUCAUUCUGCAGUAUCACAGAUAUAAGUGAUGAGUCACACUGGCCGAAAGAUGGUAAUGCAGUUCUAGUUUUCACUAAUGGAAUACUAUUUGAAGGCCAUAUUAAACAGUUGCUAAUGGAUGGUGAAGGCCAGAUGAUGUGGCCUGAUGGAUCUUAUUAUCAGGGUGACUUCACUUCUGGUCAGAUUACUGGCAAAGGUUAUAUUGAGUGGCCUGAUCUCAGUUGGUAUGAAGGAGAUGUAUGCCUUGGUUAUCGUCAUGGUUUAGGAAUGUAUCGUGCAACGUUUGCUGAUGUGACAUACAGUGGAAAAUGGUAUAUGGGAUGUAAAGAAGGACCAGGAAUGCUCUAUUAUAGUGAAAAUGUGAAUAAUUAUUACAAUGGUGAAUGGGUACAAAACGAAAGGCAUGGACUGGGAAUGAGGUCCUAUCCAUCACAUGCAUGUUAUUAUGGUCAAUGGAUGAAUGGUUUGCAACAUGGUAUUGGUACUAUGGUGUGGUCUAACAAUGAUCACCUGACAUGGCAGAGGCACAGAGAUGUAAAUGCAGGUCCAGGCGUUAACAACAGACAAGCAGCCAUGGACACAGGAGGUGGUGUCCUGAGCUUGACUGGUGAUACCAGCCACAGGCACGGCCAGCUGGAGACAGGGUCUCUGCAGCAGAUGGCAGCUAGGUGCACCAUAUUCUCACAGUGUACAGCAGUUGGGCUGCAUGCUUGUUGUGUUGCAUUGCAUGGAAUUCUGAUGCCACAGUGUGGGCGUUUGAAGCAGACAGUGCAGCUAGUGCACAUGAUGUAG